UUAUUCAUCUUGUUACCAUUUUAGAGUCCAGUUUUUCUGUCUCUCAUUUUUGUCACAAUUUUGACUUUUGUUUGCGUAUGCGUUGUAAUUUCGUUGAGUGUUAGUUGGUGCAGUGCAUUUGUUUUCGCUAGAUAACGUGUUUGUUAUAGUAUUAUUGCUUUGACUCAACAAAGACUCUAAAGAAAUGACUGACAAGAAAGCGAUUGGUGGUGCGGGUCCCCCACCAUCAAGUGGACCAUCUUUUACCCCCCAACCUCCUCCUCAGGCUAAUCCGCCCAUGCCUACUACACAGCCUUAUGGUGUGAUGCCUGGAAUUCCAGGAGGAAACCCAUAUGUGAUCCCUGGGCAGACACAGAUUUAUCCCCAAGGACCACCCCCUACAUAUGAUCAAGCAUUGACCCACCCAGCAGCUAUAGUUGGGCAGCAUAUGUAUCCUCCAGGAACUAUGUAUGCUGCCGGUUAUCCAACUUAUCUAGGUUAUCCGACUUACGCCCCUAUGCAGUAUUAUCCUUCAUUAGGUGCCUACUCGUAUGCCAUGCAGCCUGCACAGUUGAGGCCCACUAUCAUGAUACCAAAUGGUUAUGACACAGGUGCACGUUUCGAUGGCAUAACUCAGCAGGUACUGCCACCCGCUCCUCCCGGAGUACCUCCAAAUGCUGCUCAGUUAGCCGCUAUGGCAGGUCACCAGGUAGCUCUAGGACAGAAGAAGAACUCGUUUUUGGCAGGGGGUUCAGACGGGGGUUACACUUUCUGGUAGGAGUCGUGGUCUCCUAGGACCGUGCUAGGCUAACGAAAUUGUUUCCUCUCCAUCUCGGACAGAUACUACGCCCCAAUCUACGUUUUAGGCAGUUAUAACGUGACUUGGGGCACACGAAUCUAGUCCUAGUCAAAUAUCCUCUUGUUUUUUUUUUACUGUGUCAAAGUUGCAGUAAAGUAUGUUGUCGUUUUUUUUUCUGUUUUGGGAGACAGCGCUUGAAAGAGCGCGAGAAUUUCUAGUACGUUCGAAGUGGAACAAGUAAAUAAAAGUAGAUAAUAAAAUAAUGAAAUACUUAGGACACCGCUAUAAGAAAUAAAA